AUGGAUCUCCUGUCCAUCGACACGGGCCACAACCACAACUGCGCCUUGAUCAUGGCUGAAGGGCGUGUCAAGUGCUGGGGCGAUGGCAGCCAGGGGCGCCUUGGUUACGAGAGCACCGCCCGAGUGGGUGGAGAAAGCAACACCAUGGGUGAGGCCUUGCCGUUCGUGGACUUGGGUGAGAACGCCUCGCGGGUAAUCCAGGUGUCCUUGGGCAGACGCCACACCUGUGCAGUGCUGGAAGAUGGAGGACUACGCUGCUGGGGUGGGAACAGCGAUGCUCACCUGGGUUUGGGCUUGCCUCGGUCGGUAGACGUUGGCGAUGAACCUGGUGAGAUGGGUGCAUUCCUCCCCGCUGUUAACCUGGGCGCGGGAGUUCUGGUCCAGCACGUCGUCGCCAGCGCAUACCACAAUUGCGCGGUGCUUCAGGGCGGGAAGGUGAAGUGGGAUUACUAUGUCGGUGACGACCCAGAGGAUAUGGGGGACGAGCUUGACUUCGUCAACCUCGGUCCAAAUUUCGACGUGGUCCAGCUCGCUGCAGGAUAUGAACACACGUGUGCACUGUCGUCCGAAGGCUCUGUGAAGUGCUGGGGUGGUGGCCCAGCUAUCGGACAGGGGAUUCUCUUUGAGGACUGGGGCACUACCAAUUCUGCCUACUACAUCGGCGACGAAUGGGAGGAGAUGCUUAACCUUCUACCCCUUGACCUAGGCAUGAAGGUUCUGCAAAUCUCCGCGGGCCGUUAUCACACCUGCGCAGUGCUCGCCGAUCGCUCUGUCAAAUGCUGGGGGGAGAAUGACGACGGGCAGCUGGGCCAUGGGAGUGUCGCACAUGCGCCAUUGGCGGAUGCCAACCUGCCUCCGACGGACUUGGGCGAAGGCAUGUUCGCCCUGCGGGUGGAAGCCGGGUACUACCACACCUGCGCCAUCCUCCAGGAUGAGUCGCUGAAGUGCUGGGGUCGGGGAUCUUCCGGGCAGCUCGGCCAGUCCAGCACUGAGAACUUGGGUGACGAGCCUGGAGAGAUGGGUGACCAGCUACGCCCAGUUGAGUUGCAAAAGCUGGCUGUGCGGCAGGUGCAGAUCGGUAACGCCCACACCUGCGCGGUGCUCGAGGAUGACAGCACACGUUGCUGGGGAGGGAACUCCAAUGCACAGCUGGGUUUGGGUGACACCUUCAACGUGGGCGAUGAGCAGGGCGAGAUGGGUGCAGCCCUGAGGGCCACGGAGCUCUACCAGCCCAAGCCGGGCGCCGGCAUGGAGGAGGUGCGCCUGACCCAGGAAGCCCAGGAAGCUGGCCUUCGUGUCCGACUUCUGAGUGAUGCGCCUGGGGCUUUGGGGGUACAGCAGGGCCUCCUGCAGCUUCGGCACAAUGGCUCCUUCGGCUUCGUCUGCGACGACCUCUUCAGCGACGCCACCGCACAGGUGGCCUGCCGUGACCUGGGCCUGGCGGGUGGCCGGGCCAUCCUUCGUGACGCCGCGGGAGAGGAGCUUGGUGGCGAGAUCCUGGCCGACAACCUCGUGUGCCAGGGCACGGAAUCCAGCCUGUCGCAAUGCAGCUUUCGAGGCGUCCGCUGCGAGCUGGAUGCAUGGAGUGAGUUCACCUCUGCUGGCCCAGCGGGACGCCAAGACCACAGCCUGGUUUGGGACCCAGAGACCCAGUCAGCCUUGGUUUUCGGCGGCGCGGCGGCCAACACCUUCCAGUACUUUGCAGACUUGUGGAGGUACCACUGGCCGUCACGCGCGUGGACGGAGCUGGAGGGGAACGGCCCAACAGCUCGAUCCGGGCACAGCGCCAUCUGGGACCCCGCUGCCGGCAGCAUGCUGGUCUUCGGUGGCACGCUUUUGAGCGUUGCCAGCAGCGAAGUUUGGUCCUAUCAACUGGAGCAGCGCACCUGGCAGAUGUGGGUAGUCUCCCAGGCGCCAAGACCGCGAGCUUACCACACGGCUGUCUGGGAUCCGCUUUACCAGACCAUGCUGGUUUUCGGAGGGGAGGACGGAGAGACCUUAGGGGACCUCCAGCGCUUCAGCGUCACUGCUGGGUCCUGGACAGCUCGUAGCUCUUCGGCGCCUUCGCCACGCAGCCGGCACACAGCUACCUGGGAACCUACCAGCCGUUCCAUGCUGGUCUUCGGUGGCUGGGAUGGCCAACACUACCUUUCGAGCCUGCAGCGCUACCAUGCUUGGUCCGACAGCUGGGCUGAGGUCUCGGCCGUCGGCACGGUGCCCUCACCGCGCCUUGGGCAUGUGGCUGUUUGGGACCCCGUCACGACCAGCCUCUUGGUUUUCGGCGGCAUCCAGAACCUGUCUCAGCAGGACCCGGGCACGGCACUCACGCAGCUUGGUUACGACGACGGGCUCUACAAUUUCAGUCUUCUCACAGAUGCCUGGACAGAGAUUCCGCGCCGAACCGACAUCCCGGGCCCCCCGGGCCGUGCAUAUGCCAGCAUGGCCUUGGAUGCGGCGACCAACUCUCUGAUGCUUUUCGGAGGCUUCGAUGGCUCGUACCUACCGGAGCUGUGGAGAUACGCCAUGUCACCCAAGCCAGCGGCCCUCACCGAGAGGUGCCAGCUGGGAAAGCCCUGCAUGCUGGACAGUGUGGCCAGUGCAGUGCCGCGUUUCGCCGUGAAGCGAACGUGCCGAGACUCGGAGGUCGUGGAAUUUCGCGACAGCCAACCCAGCCAACCCAGCCAACCCUUGCUGGUGGAACCGGGCAGCUAUCAAACCUGCACUUGCCAGGACGAAGGCGGCUCCAACUGCAGCCAGCCAUCGGAAUUCGGGGUUUCUCUUGGGCACCUGGUUGCUGAAGGGCCCUACGCCAACCAGUCCGCCAGCUGCUACAUAGGCCAGGCUUGCGCAGUUCCCCUCUGGGCGGGCGUCGGCAUCUCCACGAGUACUUCGGGGGCGUCCUUCUACAGCGGCGCGCUCGUGACCAUUGGCUUCAACCAAUCUGCCAAUGCCCUGUUCCUGGAUGUGGGCGACAUCGACACUACGGGUGCUCCUGAGGUCGUGGAGCUGUGCUGGUGCCCAUACGGCAGCGCUUGCGCCACCCCCGAAAACUUCAACAUUGCGGCCAUCCAGCUGCACAUCCUCUGCCCGCCCGGGCAGUACGAGAAGGCCGGGGUUUGCCAGCUUUGCCCUGCCAACAGCUAUUGCCCCGACGGUCAGAUGUUGCAGAGCUGCCCCACGGCCAGCACGGCCCCAGUUGGCUCCAGCCAGCUGGAAGAAUGCCUGUGCAACCCGGGACGCUAUCGCGACACUGAAAGCGCAAGCUGCCUCGUCUGUCCGUAUGGCUCCACAACGCCCUUUGCAGGGGCCACCUCGGUGUUCUCAUGCGUCUGCCAGGCCGACUUCGUGAACACAGAUCCUCAGAAUCCUGCAGUGUGCGAGUGCGGGCCCGGUUUUGGCUUCGACGUGGAAAGAGGACUCUGUGAGCCGUGCCCACAGGGGGCCUACAAAGAGGUUGGCGGAAAUGUGCUGUGCUCCAGCUGCCCGCCGGACCAGUCCACCUUGCAGGAGGCGUCCAAAUCGGCCGAGAGCUGCCUUUGCCAGCCGGGCUUGAGCUUGGACAACGUCAGCUGCUCAAGGUGCCGGCCGGGCUUCUACUGCAACGGCACCGGGGUGGCUUUCCCGUGCCAGGAGGGUGCGAACUCCUCGGUUGGGGCCCGGUCUCCCGACGACUGCGUCUGUCGAGCCGGCCACUACUUGGAGGAUGGCGGGCGUUGCAACCUCUGCCCCAAGGGCCGCUACAAGCAGUCGGAUGGCAACGAGGGCUUUUGCCCCCUGCAAUGUCCCACGGAUGCCGACAGCGACGAGGGCUCCGUUUCCUUGUCUGCUUGCUUCUGCAAAGAGGGCUUCUCAGCAUGGCUGGACUCGGCGGCCAAUCUCGCGCGAUGUGACAACUGCAAUGCGUUCGCAGCGUUGAGCUGUCCCGGCGGCUUUCAUGGCGGGACCACAGACCACCGCUUGCCUGUGGCAAUCCCAGGCUACUUUCAAACAGGCAGGGUCACGGCCAUCAAAUGCAACAGCGUCGUGGACGGCGGCCUCAGCGCUUGCUUGGGUAGCGGCAAUUGCUCGAGCAAUGAAGACAUGAGCUGCGUGGCUCGGAUGCAGAUGGUUGGGAACUAUAGCAACGCAUCCUGGCCGAACUUAGUCAUGGGUCUGUCUCCUUUGGCAACGCUGCCGCUGGUCGCCUCCAUCCUGGCCGAUGUGGGGCUCAACGUCGUCGUCAACUUUGUGGUGGCCGCAAUGGCCGCGACCGCGGCGGUGCGCGGCAGCGGCAAGUUGCAUACCAUCAUGAUCCGCAUCGCCACCCAGUGGCUGGCCGCCUGCUCCGUGAUCGCGACCUUUCAGUUGGACCAAAUCCAGGUGCAGCUUCCGUGGGAAGAAGGGACGUCUGGUGACGCACCCGGCUUCACGACGUUUGCAUGGCCAGAGGAGGUGACGUUGGUGUUGCGGGGCCUCUUCGAUUCCCUCACCCUGACACCCGCCUGGGUAUCGGUGGACUUCGCAGCACAGUGCCGGGCCCAGGAGUUGUCGGAGAAUCCGGUCGCUCCACGUGUGGCGCUUGGCUUGUACACCAUCUGCCUCCCUCUGCUGGCGAUCCUCGGCGUUAUGGUCUUCUGCUCUCUGGCUGUCUAUGUCGUGGUGCCCUUGGCGUCGCUGCUGGGAUACUCGUUCAACGAGGAUGAGCUGGAGCAGUCCGGUGUCCUGGACAUCCCACAGAGGGAGCUCAAGGAGGCGGCGGCGAAUCCCGAUGCCUUCCUCCGGAAGGCCGUGCUGAGCUCCCGGGGUCUGAUGAUCCGAGCCUGCGCCGCGCGGGCCCGCGCCCGGACGUCCCACCUGCCCGUGGACCCCUCGGACGAGCUGGCCCUCUCGGAGGCGGAGCUCAACCUCUCGCCUUUGGAUGAGGCCCUGCCGGCCCUCUUGAAGAUGGACCUGACCCCUUACCUGCAGGACGCCAGCGAGGAACAGGACCUCGAGGCCGUCCUGGACAAGAUCAUCGCCGAGGCAUGCCUUCAGUUCCCCGAGACGGCGCUCGAACACCAGGUGAAAGAGAUCGAAGACGGGGAGCCGGGCGAGGAGCCGGAGGCUGCCGACCCAGACUCUCCAGUCCCACCCGAAGCGCAAGUGCUGGACAUGGCACUCCUGCUGCCCGGCUACCCAAAGAAAGCCGGGCAGUCCACCGUGAGCUUGGCCACCGCGCGGUCGAGCACGUCAAGCAACCGGGCCUCGAAGUUCGACACAGACCCCGAGCUCGACGAGGCCAUGGACUCUCUCGACUUCGGCCUCUUCACUGCUCGCCCGGGCCCGCGAGCACUGGUCUACCAGAGCAUACCCGUGCCCGAGACUGCAGGAAGGUCGGUCACCCAGGUGGUCAGCAGGUGCCUUGGCAUCCCCAUGGUGCUGGCCUUGGUUCUCUUCCGCCUGAAGAACCGCCAGGCGAUUGACAACAGCCGGCGCUUUGGUUACUUCCUCCAAGGCCUGGAGCAGGAGUACUGGUGGUGGGACAUCAUCGUGAAACGAGUGGAUGUGGGCUUGAUGAUGCUGAUCACCUUCACCUCCGCCGUGCAGGAACCUGCAUCGAAGCUCUUGGUCUUUCCCGUGCUGUCCGGUGUCCAGAUGGGUUUGGCUGCUUGGCUGAAGCCCUACGCCAACGACCAGGCCGAAAUUCUGGAUACGCUGGAGGUGGUCUUGGUUGCCGUCCGCUUCCUGUUCUUCAGCGUGGUGGCUUUCCUUCUCAUCCUCAACCCUCCGCCAGAGGUCACUGCCAGGUUGGCGUACUUCCUCUUGUUUGUCAUGCUGUUCGCAUGCGCCUACUUCGUGGUGCACACGCUGGCCCAGCUGCUGCGCAGCGCGUCAGUGAGUACGGAGGAGACCGGCACGGGCCUUGCCAAGUUGGCAGGUUCCGUGCAGCGCCUCCUGGUCCAGAUGGCGCUCCCUUUGUUCCAGGAGGCGGAGAGUGAGAAGCUCCAGCUGACCUGGUCCUUCGAGACCGAUGAGAUCAAGGCGGCAGGCAAACGGCCGGCCAAAGGAGGUGCCAUCGCGUUGAGGGCCCUGCGCUGGGUGAAGGGCAAGGUCCUCCGCCUGGGCCCCUCGUACCAGCAUGCCGUGCACCUCAAGGCGCACGAGGAGUUCGCAAAUUUGUGGCUACGACAGCUCCGGCAACCUGGACUCCCGUGCCAAGGUCCAGCGGUCUUAUGCGUCCUCGCGACGGCGGGCCAGGAGCUCCCGAGCCUCAUUGCCAGAAGCCAGAUCUGCAAAUCGUGGAUGCAACAGGUGGAUGCUUUGACUCAGAGGUCAGGGCCCUUCACGUGCUACCCAGAGGACUUGGCGCGAUCCACACGCCGACUGGGCCAGAUGCCUUCUCGCGAUGCGGUGAGGCUGGUCUGCCACGUCGUCGACCUGUGCUCACGGCCUCAUCCACAGCAGGAGUCGGAGAUGCUUGAAUUCUAG